AGAGCAGCGAAACUAAGGGGUUACGGUCGGUGAGAAAUAAUUCGGAUCUCCCACCUACCAGACUCUGCCCGAGCCCACACCGAGCACUGGAGGGUAGCCAGACGCUGCGCUUCCCUAGGCUCAGACUUAAUAACCCCUUUUGGGUCUCCUCCUCGCACGCUGACGGCAGGGUAACAAGAAGUGGGCCCAGGGCUGGCAACCAGGGGCGGGCUCUCCCCUCUGAAGCAGACCCAGUUCGCCAGCUUGCUUGCCGCCGCAGCGCUCGGCCACGUUGCAGCAUGACCCUGUGGAACCACGAGCUGCCUUUUUACCCCCAGCUUCGGCGAGCUGCUGGCUUCAACGUCCCGCUGCUCGUCGUCAUUCUGGUGUUCUUGGCCUUGGCCGCCAGCUUCCUGCUCAUCUUGCCCGGGAUUCGUGGCCACUCGCGCUGGUUCUGGUUGGUGAGAGUUCUUCUCAGUCUGUUCAUAGGCUCAGAAAUUGUGGCGGUGCACUUCAGCACAGAGUGGUCAGCGGGUAGUGUGUGCACCAACACAUCCUACAAGGCUUUCAGCGCAGCACGCAUUGAAGCCCAAAUCGGUCUGCACGUCGGCCUGGAGGGAAUUAAUAUUACACUCACAGGGACCCCAGUGCAGCAGCUGGACGAGACCAUUGACUACAACGAACAGUUCAACUGGCAUCUGGGCCAGGACUAUGCCAAGGAGUAUGCAGAGGCACUGGAAAAGGGGCUGCCGGAUCCGGUUCUCUACUUGGCUGAGAAGUUUACUCCUAAUAGCCCCUGUGGGCUCUACCGCCAGUACCGCUUGGCAGGACACUACGCCUCGGCCAUGCUGUGGGUGGCGUUCUGCUUCUGGCUGCUCUCCAAUGUGCUGCUCGCCAUGCCCGUCCCGCUCUACGGGGGCCUAGCACUCCUGACCACGGGUGCCUGUGCGCUCUUCUCCGUCUCUGCCUUUGCCUCCAUCUCCGGCGUGCCGCUCUGCCCGCUCCACCUCGGCUCCUCCAAGCUCACCACUCACUACGGUGCUGCCUUUUGGGUCACGCUAGCCACCGGCCUCCUGUGUCUCCUCCUUGGUGUGGCAGUGGUCAGUCUCCACUAUGCUCAACCCAGAGCUCUUCGCAUCUUCUUGAACCAAAGCGUCAAGGACUGUGGUAGCCAUGUGAGGGGGAGGUCACCUCUCACCCUGAACAAUGAACUGUGGGAGCAGUUGGGGGCCUCGGACUUAAUCAUCAGUACUAACCUGUGAAGGGGACUCAAUUUUGGAUUCCCAUCCUGCCUCCUUCCCGGCACCCAGGAGAACGUCAGGAGGGGCACCAUGCUGCAGGUGCCAAGGCCUCAUGCAAUCAGGAAAGUCUCCCAGGGUGAGUUGUAAAUAAAUUCUUUUUGCUUUUGUUUCUAAAAAA